AUGUCUCUCCAAACGCCACUUUGCUCUCUCCUCAAAAUCCAGCAUCCUGUCCUGCUAGCAGGCAUGGCUCGUGCAUCCAGUGCUCCUCUGGCUGCCGCUGUCUCGAAUGCUGGCGGACUCGGUACUGUCGGAGGACUGGGCUAUACGCCCCAACAGCUAUCGGAGAUGCUGACGGAGCUGAAGUCAUUACUCAAGGACCCAUCCCUGCCAUUCGGUGUGGAUCUCGCGCUACCGCAAGUUGGCGGGAGUGCGCGUGCAACCAACCAUGACUAUACCCAUGGCCAUCUGGACGAAUUGAUCGAGGUUGUAAUCUCGCAUGGUGCCAAGCUCUUCGUCUCGGCGGUCGGCGUGCCGCCCGAGAAGACGGUGAAGCGGCUCCACGAAGCUGGGAUCCUCGUCAUGAACAUGGUUGGCGCGCCGAAGCAUGCGGAGAAGGCGUUCCAGCGCGGCGUAGAUAUUGUGUGCGCGCAGGGCGGCGAGGGCGGCGGACAUACCGGCGAUAUCCCGUUCUCCGUGCUGGUGCCUGCUGUCGUGGAUGUAGCGCGUCGCUAUACGAGCCCGCUGACCGGUCAACCUGCGCUUGUGGUGGCUGCCGGCGGUAUCAACGAUGGCCGUAGCCUGGCGGCAUCACUCAUGCUUGGCGCGGCUGGCGUUUGGGUCGGAACGCGAUUUGUGGCGUCCGAGGAGAGCGGAGCGAGUCGCCUGCAUAAGGAGGCUGUUGUGGGCGCACAGUAUGGCGAGACUUGUCGGACAUUGGUUGUCUCCGGACGGCCACUGCGGAUGCUGCCUAACGACUAUGUGAAGGAAUGGGAGAGUAGACCGGCUGAUAUUGCAGCGUUGACGGCCAAGGGGGUGGUGCCCAUGAUGCAUGAUUUGGAGAACGACAAGGACAUUGAUAUGCCAUUCUUGAUGGGCGAUGUCUCGGCCAGCAUCAAGGACAUCCAGCCUGCUGGGGUGAUUGUAAGAGAGAUGGUGCAGCAGGCUGUGGAUGUUCUCAAGGCAGGCAAUGCAUAUAUCACGGGCACUGGCAUGUCAAGCAAACUAUAG